GAGUGUGUGUGAAAACUCUCCAUGAGAGGGCCGCACACUCAUUAAAGUCAUUUGUGAGCGGUUCAAAGGUUUCAACUAUUUCUUCUGGUCUCCGUCCGUGCAGAGAGGCAGGUGCAGGGUUAACUGGAUAAAUGCAGGAAUUCAGCUUUGACAUAUAAGGAGGCUCCAAACACGUCAGACACAAUGAAGGUCCUCUCGCUGAUGCUUAUAUUCCUCACAGUUUCUGGAUAUUCAUAUGUGUUGCAACCCAGAUUGACAGUGGCCCAGGUAGCUGAGCUGGACAGAGACCAGUCUGAUAUGACGAGUGAGCAGCUGGGAGAUGUUUCAAUAUCAGUGGAAGAAGAAGAGAAGGCUGCAGAAUUGACCGAGGAAGGGAAAACUGGGGGGAAAAAGAUGGGUGGGGGCUUGACUCCAGAGACAAAUUCAGAAAGGAGGAUGGCUGCUGAUGAUGAAACAUCUCAGAAAAGUGAUCAAAUGGAUCAACUGAAGCAAGAAAAAGUUGAAGAGGAAAGUGAGAGCAGGCUGGUGGCAGGGAUCGGUCUUCACAAGGAGGCUAGAAGGGAAAUGAUAACUGUAAAUCAACAAAAUGUGGAAGAGAAAGGAGGAAAUGGAGGAAUAGAAGAUCACAUAGUAGUUAGCGACCUCACACCUCCUUUUAGCACUUCCUCUACUCAAGUACAGGAAGAAUUCAUUAUUCCUGCCACAAUUCAAAUUCUCACUCGGUCUCAAAAUCCUCCUGGUGUUCCUCCCCCUGAUAAUCAUCAUAAUGUCCCUCAAUCACAAGUAUCCUCUGAUCCUCCCACCGCUUACGCUAAAGUUAGCCCUCAGUUCUUUCCUCCUCCUGUCACUCUUCCCAGUCCAACAGAAAUCAGUCACAUGUCAGCCUCAACAGUCCUUCCUGGUUCUGUCCUACUGCUUGAAGAUCUUCUUACUGAGGUUUGGAAGACUUCUGGACAUCAUCUCAAGCAGAAGGAAUUGGAAGUUAAGUCUAGUCCGCAUUUGGAGGAUUCAGAGCUUAAAAAUAUAUUGUUUAAACCUGCACGGAAGGAGAUACAAAUCACUGUUGUUCAACCAAAUCAUAAUACUGGAUCGGUGCAAGCAGCAACGCCAAAACCAAAAGAGUCAACGUUUAUUACCAAAGAAGUAAAUCCCACACCAAGAUCAAAUGAAAAUAAUGCCGUGGUCAAGCUUAAUCCAAACAUGACCCAGCUCUCAAAUAAUACCACCAAACCUAGAGUGAAGCAAAAUAGAGCAUCUCCUCCUCAAACACCACUAACCAAAGUUUCAGCUAAACCGCGGCAGACAACUGCCAAAACACCUUCAGCGAAAAACAGAAGUAAAAGUAAGACAAUUAAGAAUUCCAAGGAAAAUAAAAGGAAAAAGGGCAAUAAAACCCAAAAGCCACCACCGAAGAAGAAGGUCGUAAAACCAACAACCUUUCCUUACUUCAAGGAUAACUACUGUCCUCCUGAGUGUGCCUGCUAUGGAAGGGUGGUCCAGUGCUCAGACAAAGGUGUGGACAAGGUUCCUUACGGUAUUCCCUAUAACUCCCGCUACAUCCUCCUCAUGAAUAACCACAUCGACGUCAUCCAGCUGGACCUGCUCAAUGAGUACGUCUCUAUGGAGUUCCUAGUGUUGAGCAACAAUCGUCUCAAGGAUGAAACCAUAGAGGGGGCCUUCGAGGGGAUUCCGGCUUUGAAGCGCCUCUACCUGAAUAAAAACCUCCUAAUCAGUGUUCCGGCUGAUCUUCCCAUGUCUCUCGAGGAACUUCGAUUGGACAACAAUCAUCUGAGUGUGAUGUCUGAGGCAGCCUGGGCUCGGUGCCCCGGUCUCUUGAUUUUGAGUCUGAGUAACAACAGCCUGGGGAAUGGAUCUGAAUUUCUUCCUAACGCAGUGCUCUCUCCUUUGAGCAGCCUGCGCACUCUGAACCUGGAUCACAACCAGUUGACUUCAGUUCCUCUGGGCUUACCCCUGUCCAUCAAGCAGCUCUACCUCAAAGGGAACCUCAUUGAGCAAUUCCGUGGAGGAGCCUUCAAUGGGAGAUCAGAGCUGAUGGUGUUAGAUCUGAGUUCAAACAGAUUGACAAACAAGGGUCUUCUCCAGGAUUCUCUUCUCAAUACAACACACUUGGAAAGCCUCAAUUUGGAGGGGAACAGACUCAAACAAGUACCACAACACCUUCCCAGCUCACUUAAAACUCUAAACCUGGAGGGAAACCUUAUAUCUUCCAUAAAGAAAAUGGUUUUCGGAACCUUGAAAAACCUGGAACACCUGGGUUUAGCAAGGAAUACAAUCUUCAAAGUGGCACCAGGGGCCUUCAAGACAUUGCCAGUCCUUCAUCAGUUGGACUUGUGUCACAACACUUUGCGCCAGGUGCCCAGACAGCUCCCUAAAGCUCUGCACUCACUCGCCCUCACCCACAACAAGAUUCAAACAGUGCCUCGGGAUGCUUUCUGCUGGGGUAAUCAAAGUUAUAGUCUCAGCGGGCUUGUACGAGUGCAGUUGGAACACAAUUUAAUCGAUAUGGGGAAGUUGGAUGCGCAGGCUUUUAGGUGCCUACGGGGAUUCCAGGUGGUGCACUUCUACUGAACCUCCAAAAGAAAAAAGCAAUCAUGCUGCUUUGUUGACCUUAUCCAAAACCUGUGGUGAGUGAUGUUGCUAUGCCAGAAACCAAUGGUAUAACUGAACAUUUGAGUCAGAAAUAUAUAUAUUAUGUGUGAAAUGUAAUGUAUUAUAUGCACCCAAUCCAAGCCUCGCUCUUUGGCUGAUUUUAUGACGUUAAUUCUCUUUUCCGAACUACAGUCAGAGAACACUGGAUUACACUUGCAAUAGGAAUAGUUUAACAAACCUAAGUGACCAAACUUGUGAUAUCAAACUUCAAACUUUCUUAUCAGCAUCUCCAAAGCAGAAUUAUUUUGAAGAUUUGUAUUGCAACUUUUAGUUUCCAUCCAUUUAAGCAACAUUUAUAGAAGGUUGCCUAAGAUACGCAAUCUGAGACACAUUUAUCAUUUUUAUUUAUUUUCCAUUUACUGGGAAAACAUUGUAGUAGUCAGCUGUCAUUCGACAGAAAGCCGAUAUGGAUAAUGUGAAAAGGGGGAUGCAACAGGAAUUCUCAAGAUGUUGGUGCUCGCACUUUGUCAAAAGAAUAUGUGUUGAUAUUUAUUUAAAUGAUUUGCAAGGUGACUUUCAUUCCACAAUGAAAUAAGUAAAUCCCUGUAAAUGAUUCUGGAAAUUGCUUUCUUUUUAUACAAGUCACAUGAAGUUUGUGUACAUAUCAUGUGUUUGUGUGUUCACAUGUACAUGGUGUAAAUGUUUAGUGUAGGAAAUCAGUAACUCAUAAUGUAUCCAGAUAUGUACAAAUAGGCUUUUUUUUCUCAAAGUGUGAAACCUUUGUAUGAACAAUACAUUUGUCAUUGUAAUUGUUCAAGCUCAUAUAAGUGGACAUGUGAAAGUUGAGGCUGUUUGGGGUUUUAAAAAAAAGUAUUCACUGUCUUUUUCUAAGUUCAUAUUAUUUCCCUGUGAGCGCAUGGAUUGCAAAUCACACCACAUAUGUGACUUUGAGUUCAUGGUGAAAAUAUGAUCAACAUGAUGUGGAUAAAAUAAAGUAUGCAUGUAGAACAACUUCUGCUGGAUGUAAUAUUGCAAUAGCUUGUCAACAGAAAACAUGUCAUUUAAAUAAGUGGGAUGAUGAAUGGGCUCUUUGUCUAAGCCUUUUGCAGGAUAAGAAAAAAGGGAAUCUAAAAGAUGGUGGCUAGUGAGCUGCAGUAAAGGUUUUGUCUUCCAUGAAUCAAAGUUCCCCCGAUGCUUUCUCACCAAACCAGAGGAGCUUUUAGGAACUGAGAUAUAAAGAGGACAGGACAGGUGAUUCAAAUCAUUGAGCAAUCAGUUUGAACAUAGAAGUAGAGUCCAUACAGUAGAUCAUUCCAUCUGCCACAUUUUUGGAAAUGUAUUAAACACAAAAUAGAAAACAACAGAAGAAGAAUGACUACGAAGAAAAAAAAAAAAACCUCUAGGU